AUGAUCACUCAUCUCAAUUACUCUGCGUGGAUUACCUGCGACGGCAGGGAGAUCAUCGAGUACGAACCCGUUGUAAACAUGCAAGCGCGUAAGAUAUCGUGCUGGAUUCCAAGCGAAGAGGGGAAGUCGUUCACGGUGCACUGGCGCGACCAUGGUAACAAUAUAGACACUGCGACCUAUCUCAAACUGGAUGGCCAUUCAGUUCCUGGACGGUUCCUUUACGGCAGAGGCGAAGCGCAUCGAUCUGCUGUACGCGUUGCUCGCGAUCUGGAGAGGCCAUUUCUCUUCAUCAAAGUCCUGGAAGAUACAAAACCCACUGUUGGUAAGAAUGGCACGAACGAUGCUGGUACCAUCGUUGUCAAAAUCAAACGCAUCGUACGAAAGGAUACGCGUAACUCCAAUGCUCUUGUUCAACCGCCCCCUCCGGCUCGGGAUAGACCAUCAAAAGACGAACCUUGCGUUAGUUUUGGCGCAGAGAGACAGGCAUUCAUGCAAAUGGAGUCCACUUGGUCUGUUCAGCCUUACGACCCCCAAAACCCGGGAACGUAUGUUACUUUUGUCUUUCGUUAUAGGUCCCGUGAGUUUCUCAUGGCUCAGGGGAUAAUGUCGCAAAAGGCCUCGAUAUAUAGACCUCUCCCACUUGUGGCAUCAAGUAGCGUAUCUGUUCCGGCCCCGCUACCUGCCUCGGUUACAGGUCCAGAGUUGACACCCCCGGUCACACCAGCUUUGUCUACCAAGUCGGAGUCAUCCCUUUACUCCAUUGGCUCAAGUCCUGAACCGACGCACCCCAAGUCGUCGUUUCAGUCCACUGGUCGAAGCGUUUCAUCGGGAAAUCAUCCUGCAAAGCCUUCCAUUAAUCCACUCAUGAAACCCCCUGUGAACCAUGCAACAAGACCUACUAUGGUGAACUUAGCCGCAAACCCUUCUGUGAACUCACCCACACACCCUCCGUUGAACCCGUCUACGAACCUAUCUUUGAAACCAACCAUGAACAGUCUCGGAUAUCCUUCUGUGAGCCCUCUGGCACGGUCCUUCACAAGCUCGGCCACGACGACCGUCCGAAAACUUGGUCUAUCUGAGAUAAAACCCCGAGCCACUUCUGACCCGCUAAUACUCCAGGAGCGUCAUCUCGUCCGAGACAUUUCUGAGUCCCCUGAGGUCAUCGUCAAGACUCAAACGCCCAGUCCUCCUGGAUUUACUGUCCCUCUUGUGUCUCCGCCCACGGAAAGUCCCAGCGACGACCCUCGUGUUCGUCGCUCCUGA